AUGCCGCCGGAGCGCGAUUCAGUGGAAGGAACGACGGCUUCACGGCCUCAGGCUGCGACUGCGGCUUUGGUGCCUACCGCGACUGCGGUAGGAGCAGACAGAGCAGAAGUGGACGGUCGACGGACUGUUGGAAGGAAGAGAGAGGGCAGCGGAUCGUUAUCAUCAAUGAGAACCGCUAAACAGCAGAAGACGAGCGCAGGGGAUGGGACCUCCGCAUUUCAGGCAGGUGCGGUCAGUGAUGCAGAUGGUGCCCAGGACUCUGGGUUGUCCGCGUAUGAGAGAGUCUCUGCAGUUGUCAUGGCCCCGGUGAGCGGAGAUCAGGAGCGAUCCUCGACGGAGGUGAGGAUGUCUGGAGACACUCAUGCCGAAGGCAGUCACAGGACAGAGAUCGAGGUCUCUAGAAUCCUCAAGAGGUUUGAAGACGCGCUGAAGAAGGCAGAGGAGACGCCGCAGAAGGUCAUGAACCUCCAGAAGAAGCUGGACUUGGCCGAGCACGAGGCCAAGACUGCCGGCAUUCGAGCCGACGAGGCGGCCAAGCGCGAGACUCGGAAUCGGGAGGAACACGCCAAGCUCCUACAGGAGUCGGACGAGCAGAACAAGAAGCUGUCCAAGGAACACGAGAAGCUCCAGGCAGAGUAUAAGGAAAUGAGCGAGAGCAAGCACAAGCUGUUUGUAGAGAACAUGACCCGCAGGAUCACCAAUGAGUCAUUCGCCGAGGCUAUGAAAGAUUUCUCUAUUGCUGAGGAGAAAUUGAAGCAGGCGACGAAGGAUAAAACGGAUCUCGCCGAGAAGUUGCGCCAAGCCGAGACGGCGCGUGGAGAGGCGGACAACGAACUGGCCCGUCUGAAAGAGACGCUGACCUCGACAGAGGCUGAGCGAGAUUCGGUAGAUGCCGCGCUGGCCGCGACGCGAGAGACGGUAACCUCGACAGAGGCUGAGAGAGAUUCGGCAAUGGCUGAGUUGGACAAGAUGAGAGAAAAGCUGACCUCGACAGAGGCUGAGAGGGAUUCGGCAACGGCCGAGUUGGCCGCGGCGCGGCAGACGGUGACCUCGACAGAGGCUGAGCGAGAUUCGGCAAAGGCCGAGUUGGACAAGGUGAGAGAAAUGCUGGCCUCGACAGAGGCUGACCUUCAUUUGGAGAAGGCAGAUGUGAGCUCGCUCGAGGAGCGGCUGUCCAGCGAGGUGUUGGAGGCGCAGCUGGAUACUGCCGCAGAUGGCCGGUCCGACUGGGAGAAGACAGUAGACCUGGCGGCGUCGCGCCUCAAGACCCUCACGCCGCUGGACGACGGCAUGCAUCACACCUACCGGCAGUGUUUGCGCGAGCUUACCUCGCCCAUGGUGAGCGACGACGCCUACAAGAGGAUCUUGGAGCACCCCGGCAGCGUGGAGCCCGGCAAGGCCUACUGCCUGACGCAGGUCGUCCUGCGCCCGGAGGACGGCGCGCUCGACGAGCUUCCAGAGUCCAACUCGAUGUGCACUCUGCACACGGCGAAGGACAGCAGCAAGUACAGGUGUGUCAGGGUGAAGUGCGUGGUCCAGGACGGCACCACGUACAUGAUCCUGGGAAGGAGGACGCGCUAG